AUGUAUGAUCUUAAGUUAGAUGCAAUUUUAAUACACCCAGUUGACUCCAACAGGGCCUCUACCUCAUUAGAAGAACCACAGCCAAAGAAGUCAAAAGGUGAACAAAAACUUUUGGAAUUUAUUGGAGAAGUGGCUGGGUCUAGUGAGGAGAUAAAAUCAAGCAUACCUCUGGAAGAGCAACUAGACACAGAAAUAUCUCGUUAUAAAGGAGAAGAGCACACAGAUAUGCUGCCUCUCUUGUGGUGGAACAAUUUCAAAGGCAGAUACCCAUUGCUUUCUCAGCUGGCAAAGCAUUACCUUUCCAUUCCUGCAACUUCUGUUCCAUGUGAAAGAGUAUUUAGUGCAGCAGGUCAUGUCGUAAAUGAAAGACGAUCAUGCUUACUACCUAGCAAUGUUAAUAUGAUGGUAUUUUUAGCAGAAAACUUGAAGUAA